AUGCAAAUAAUCAUUGGAGGUUUACAAGGGAAUGUAGCUUUGUUAGUAUCAAUAAAAGACCCUGAAAUCCUGGAUGAUGCCAUCUCUGCUGCUAAAAAAAUAGAAGCCAGAAGUUUUUAUAGAAAUGUUGCUGUGGAAAAAAAGGGGAAAAGUGAUAAUAAUUGGGAAGAAAUGAAGAUCGGCUACAAUAAACUUGCUACUCUGUUGACAACCCAAGCCGAAGCUAAUAAUCCAAGAACAAGGCCUCCAGCCAGAGUGACCACGAUAGUUACAUGUUACAAGUGUAGUGAAAAAGGCUACUAUGCAAGAGAAUAUCUGAUCAAAAGAGAAGCUCCAGUCUCCCCUGAAAGAAGACCAGUCCAGCCAAGUCAUACUCUGAGAUGUGAGUUUGAAGCCAAUUAUGGUUACAUCGAUGAUGACUAUGGUCUUGAAAGAGAAGUCUUCGCAGGAAAAAGGUACCAACUCUACCAACAUGUACAAAGCCUCACAGCAUACCUGUCCUAUGUUGAAGAAUUGCCUACGACCCCUGUUGAACCUGAAACAAAAAACCUGGAAGAGAAAAUCAGUGAGAUGGAUAUUAGUAAAAAAUUAAACGAUGAGCAACAAAAGGAGGCUAAAGGAAUGCUAAAGAAGGAAAAAGACAUUUUUGCACAAACCAUUGAAGAAUUUGGAUGCACCAACUGA